CAGAGUUCUUAUUUGCCCACAGCCGGUGUCGAAGCCGCCAGAAGUAAGGUUAGGUUCGCCGGUUCGAAAGAACCUCAGCAUUAGGCAAAAACUCGCACGAAUUAUGAAUAGAACCCACCAGACACUGCUCAAAGAUUGAAUGUCGAGAUGUUCCGCUCCAAUUUCCAAGAAGAAAAUGUCCAGAAAGAUUCCAAAUUACAGGCAGUUUUCAGCAAACUGUCUGGAGUCUUUCCGAGGGCCGAAGAUUUUGGAAAUUCUAAUAAACCGAUGUCUUCGGAAAUAAUCGAAUCAGUUUUGGUCGAUAGUCCGAUUCCUUUAGCAACGAAUUGGAACUACGAAGCCUACACCAUAUCAGAGGAGGGUGGCCACCACCCCAUCAUAGCGACCAUCACCCAGAGGUUGGAGUCGGAACUGAGACGCGCGAAGAGGACGCACCUGUCCUGCGGGGAGGUCCUGCUGCCCUGCGGCCUCCUGCAGAGGAUAGCUGCAGACAUCGUGUCGAUGGCGGAGAACGAACCAUGCGGCUUGAGGGGAUGCGGCCUGCGCCUCUUCUUCGAGAGGGUCGAGGGCUGCAUGAGCCUGGGGAUGCUGAGGUGCGACCCCUCCACCGCUUGCACAUUCGAGCUGCACCUCACCCUCAAGCAGAACAACACCAGGUGGACGUUCUUGCCGCAAUUUUUGAGGAACCUAACCAGAGGUGGAACGAUCGUGGUAAGUCCAGCUUACACAAUAAGUAAGAAAAAAUUAUAUAGAACACAAAGCACUGAAUAAGAUGAACCCAACUGAUGACUGAUAAGACUGAAAAUAAAGCAUCAACGUUUGCCGUCUCGUUUAUCGUAUUUUCUUCUGUAUAACUACGUCUUGUCACCCCUGUGUCCUUACGUUCUUGUUUAUUACUGAGGGGAUGCUAAAAUGUAAUCCCACCACUAGUAGAGCGUGAAUUUAUGUGAUCUUCAGCUGUAGUCUUUCAUGCGUUGAAAUCUGCGAUUUUCGAGAUUUUUCCCUAAAUAUCAGGAAAAAUGAGGAGCGAAGACAACGUCGAACUCGGUCGACGAAAUGAAGAAAUAUUGAAAAUCGAUGGAAUCCAUCAAUAUUCACUUUAUUUCCAUUUGUUCCAUCGACAAACUUCAAUUUUGUCUUCUAUAGUUUUUAUUUUUCGUAUAGAAAUCUAAGAAAAUCGGACAUUUCAACCUUCGGUUAACUUUGUUUGACCAUCUGAAUUAUAAAAUAUUCGAUAUUAACAGUAGAAUCAGAUUUCCCUAUAUCAUAUUAUGAAUGUUAUGUAACAGUAGGAUUGGGAGACACUCGAAAAAAAAAAGAAUAAAAUUAAAAUAAAAAAUCUUAUCGUCGAGAAUUUAUUUCUCGAAAUUAGGAAUGUCAUUUUUCGGGUGUCUUCCAAAAGUCAUAUUUGUAACUGUUAGAUAUUGUACCAAAGGAGUCUUGGAGAAUUGAAACAUCGUCUAGAGUCACAGAAAUCGUUCAAUCCUCCAAGACUCCUCAACUUAGCUGGCGCCCUCUCAAGGAACAUCGCGCAAGCUGUGACGCGUCCUUGAGACGGACCUGGAUUCUAAUACACCAAUAUAGUUCAAACGCAGUGUUUAUUGACUGAGUAAUUAUGUCGAUAUCAGGUGCAGAGCAUCGAUAUCGCCUUCGUUUUGGGUAAAAAAAGGGUUCAAUAAUAUACAGGGUGUUCACAACGAAAGUUUCUCAACUAUAGCUCUAUGGUGGGAUGUCAUUCAGAGGACCAAAAUUAAAGAUAGGAUGGAAUGACAGAUACCUACUCGAGCUAGUCCAGACAUAUUAAAUUAAGACUUUGGAAUUUGAGAGAAGUUUGUUGUGAAUUUGAAUCCUAUUUUUUUUUAUUAAAAAAAAAGGUAGAAAGUGCUGGAUAAAGUUCUUGGGGGUUUUGACAACCCCAAGGAUUUUAUUUGGUGUUUUCUAGAGUUGUUCAGGGAGAAUUUGUAUCGCUUUUCGAUCUAUUAUUUAUUAAUUUAUGUUCUUAGUUUAUUAUUUAUUAAUAUAUUUUUAUUGUAAUUCCACGAAAAGUUUAUUCGACCGACAUUGUCGUCUGAAAGCUUUCUAUAGAUUUUGAAAUACGUGAAUUUUCAGUAUUACUAGUUUGUUUGUUAACAAUGCUUUUGAACCUAUUGAGGAUUAAGUAGUUUGUAAGUUUAGUUCUGUUCCAUUGAGAGAGGGAACUGCGUAUGUAAUUCGUGUAAGAAGGUUUGCUUAGCAAAAAGCUAUCUGAUUGCGAAGCUCACUCAGCUGAUGUAAUGUGAUAUAUUCUCAAUCAGAAUUUAGGGUCACCUCUAUCAGAACUGACAAAUGAAUUGAUAGGGUUGAAAGUCGGUGAAUAUUUUGGAUAAUAUAUUUAUAGUAUUACUGUAAUUUCGUUUCAAAAAAAACUUUUGUGAUAGUAUGGUUAAGAUUUUGUACUUUUCAGAAAUUUAUUAUUAUUGUAGAUUGAAUGUAAAGAUAUGUCGAUAAAAUUUAUUAAAAAUGUGAUUACAA